CCAGCACCUCCCUGAUGGAAUAAUGUCGAUUUUGCUUGAGUGAUUUAUCUUUUUUCUCUAUUAUGGCAUGUUUAAUCGAAGAAUCGUCCAAAUACACUCCCUACUCUCAAUACUCAAGCAUCUGCCAUUCUUAUAGCUACUAUCCGAGUAUUUGAUCGUCUCAAUUAUCAACAUUAUCCGUUUAUGUAUUACAAACAUGUUUACUUUUUCCUUCAGGUAGUACCAGGGAUAUAGAAUGUACAGUAAUAAAAAUAUUGCGGAAGUUUACUAACGUUCGGAAUUAGAGUGAUAAGCCCAGUUAAGUCCCAGCUCGUCUUGUACUCGCGAUGUCCAUCAGCCUCAGGCAAUAGUUCUAUGUAUCGGAUUAUGUAAUGGACAGGCUUGUUUCAUGGUCAUCAGUCAGAAGGUGCAUGUCCAGUUGACUGAGAACACGGGAACACAACGCGCUCAACAGGACAGUGACCAGAACAUUCAACCAAUCUCUCUGAUCCAACAAAGACGAAAGGUGAAUUUUUUGGUCAAUUGAUUGUAUCAUCUGACGUUUUCGUUGAUCAACUUUGUGUCCACCUUCUUCUCGAUCUUGUUGAUAUUGAUAAUAUACUGUACUGUAAGUAUAUCACAGUACAGUAUGAAUAUACUCAUUACAUGCUAGAAUCUUCAGUCAUAAAGUGCCACGCAUGUAAUACGAUGGCUACAGCAAAGCGUGCAAUUACAUUAAGUAUCUUUAUUUUCAUGACAAUGGUGCUAAUACGAAGCUGGCUGAAUAACCAAAAUGAUGAGUCGUCUGUACAUGGACGAUAUUAUAACAAAAUAUACGACUAUGAAACGACGAGCGUGCACACAAAGAUUUGGCAAAACCGAACACAUACUGACAAAUUACAUUCCAAAUAUCCUUCCCAAAACAAUUCGUCAUAUUAUCCGGAACAUCCAAUACCAAAGCCUAGCAGGAGUCGUGUUAUGGUCAUUCUCCUUGGAAACAUGAGAACGGGGUCGAGUUACGUCGGGGAAAUUUUCAACCAAAAUUCAGAUUUCUUUUAUGUUUUUGAGCCACUUCAUUCUGUUGAUGAGCGUUACAACGUAAAUCCGUCCCAUCAGACAAGUUCGGGAAUAAUCGCAAAGUACGCUAGUGCCCUACGAAACAUACCUAAAUGUAAAUUUUCCUCCAGUUUCGUUGCUGAUAUAAGUAACUGGGGGCUAGCGAAGAAAAUGAGUAUGGAUAUUAAUCAACUGUGUCAAAAGCGACUCACCGGUUCAUGUCAAAAAUUCACUGUCACUGAAGCUCAUUCGUUCGUUGUGCAUCUGAGUCAAGAGUGUAUGAGUCGGAAGCACUUUGCUACGAAAACAAUACGUGCAGAUUUUUCACUUAUGAAGCUUUUAAUCAAAGAGAACCACAUGGAUUUUAAAAUCAUCCAACUUAUAAGGGAUCCGAGAGGAGUUGCGAAUGCUCGAAAGAACUACUACGUAACAUCACUUCAAAACAUUAUUCAAAACGGCGGCCAAUUGGGAAGUGUCAUACUGAAUUUGACUAGUAUAACAUUAAAUGAUAUCGAAAAUUCUUCGCUAUCUGUUCGAACUAUAAAAAGCUAUUGUAAAUGGAUGUGGGAUAGCAUGGGGUGGAUAUACGAGAGACCCGAUUGGUUACGAAACAGAUAUAAAUUAAUACGUUACGAGGACUUUGUCAUGGAUCCGAUUAAAACCAGUCAGCAAAUUUACGACUUCAUUGGCGUCCCAUAUCCAGAAAGUGUAAAAUCAUGGUUAGAUGUUGCAAAUAAAACUGUAAAUACAAAAUAUGGUAUAAAAUACGACUUGUUUCAGACAAGAAAAAAGAAAUCAAUAAAAGAAUUAUUUCGCUGGAGAAAAAGUUUGACUUUUGAAGAAGUUAAUCAAGUUCAGGAAACGUGUGCGGGCGUUCUCCAAGCAUUAGGCUACAUCAAGUUUAACAGUGACAAUGAAUUAAAAGAUGAUACAAUUCGGACUCUUUCAAAUCUAGAUUUUGGAGACAACUCAGGAUGACGUUUCACAGUCAUUAUUUUUAAAUAUUUAUGUAUUUAUUUUGAGUGCUUGUACUUGCGUGUUGCAAUGAUGGUUGUUUAUCGCAUCAAGAAACGCAAGCACUUUCAUGGAUGUUUUAGAAGUGUCAAUCAACUGAACGACCGGCCAGGCAUACGCGCAUGUCCCACAAACACACGUGUUACGUACGUUUGCUUUGUGGGAGCUAGCAACAAUGUCCAAGGGACUGUGCUGACCCUUUUUUGUUGUUGACUGGAGUAACUUGAAAAAUAACAUUCAAUAUUUGGAAGCUGCUACUAGUUAGUUUUCAAAUGAAAAGUGUAACAAUAAAACGUUUUACAUUUUUUAGGUUAUUUUGUAUUCGAUUCUACCACAGGUUCACAACUAAAAAAUGGGUAUACUAAGUUGGAAGCCACGGAUAUUUGAUGAAUUAUGGCGAAUUUUUAUUACUUAUUUGAUAGACAUCGAGUUACUAUAAUAUGACUUCAUGUAGGCUAUGCUUUCU